AUCCAAGGAUCACAUGGCAACAAACCAAUUCCCCCCCAAUCCAACCAACCUUCCUUCUUUAGCCCUAAUCUGUCUCCAUCCCACAUCACUCCCCAUCAACACAACCCUUACCUUCUUCUUCUUCUUCUUCUUCUUCUUCGCCCCAUGAACUCCAUCAACUUCUCCAAUGGAACCCAAAGACCGCCCUCACCGUGCAACCACCACCUCCGGAGCCAGUGAACUCUUCAUCUGCUUCACCUCCCGUCCUUCCAACACCUCCAACUCGGCCGCCACCACCAUGCGUGUCCCCUCCGCCAAGUCCCUCAUGUCCCCGGCGCGCACCGGUGCCCCAUCACUCUCCUCCUCCCUCAGCCGCCGCCUCCGUAGCAGCGGCAGCGUCAAGGCCGGCGAACAGUCCCCCAUGUUCCCCGCCGCCGUCACCGCCGCCGCCGCACGCAAGAAAGGCUGCUCUUUUGAAGCUGCUGAGCCUUCCUCUCCGAAAGUCACUUGCAUUGGCCAAGUCCGUGUUAAAUCUAAGAAAAAGAAGAACAAGUGCAAGGCUGCACAAGGUGCGGCCAUGGCGAGGUCUAGAUCUCAGAGGAGAAGUGGAGGAGAAGCCAGCUUUAGAAGAGCUGGAGUUGGAGUUGGAGAAGGUGAGAGGGAGUGCAGGCCUUGGGGGUUUUGUGAGGCUUUGCGUUCGUUUGGAUCGGAGAUCAAUUGCUUUGUUCCGUGUAGAGGUGGUGGGAGGUCUUCAUUUUGUUCAUCUUCAAAGGCUGGUUUUGAAGUGGAGGAGGAGAAGAGGAGGAAAGGGUCUUCUUGUGGUGGUGCUGUGUUUGGGUGGAUGAUGGCUGUGCAGGAGAGUGAGGAAGGGAAAGGUGGUGAAGUUGUGGGUUUGGUUGUGCAGGAGAAUGGGAGAAGAGAGGUGAGUUUGGUGGUUGAGAAGGUGGAGGAGGAGGAGAAGGAGAGGGUGGAGAUGGAGGUGGAGGUGGAGGUGGAGGAGAGCAGAGGGAGUGUUUGUGUUCCUCCAAAGAAUGCUUUGUUGUUAAUGAGAUGCAGGUCUGAUCCUGUUCGAAUGGCUGCUCUUGCUACCAGGUUUUGGGGUUCUCCAGCUGCUGCCAAAGUUGGAGCUGAAGAAGAGGAAGAAGAAGAAGAAGAAGAAGAAGAAGAACAACAACAACAGCAAAAAGAAGAAGAAGAAGCUGUUGCUGUUCAUGUUGAAACAAUAAUAGAGAAAGAAGAAGAACAAGAAGAACAACCACUAGAACAAGAAAAAGAAGAGGAAGAGAAGGUUGAAGUUGAAACAGCCAUUGUUGAGAAUAAGAAAAACCUGGAAGAAAAAGAAGAAGAAGAAGAAGAAGGACAAGAGAAAGAGGAAGCAAAGUUUGAGGUUUUGGAAGAGAAUGGGGGAAAAAAAGAGAAGAUCAAAGAUGAGAGCUUUUACUGA